GGUUUCUCUCUGUAACUUUCACAACUACGACAAUCUGAGGCACUUCGCCAAGAAACUGGAUCCUCGCAGGGAGGGAGGAGACCAGAGGGUGAAGUCCGUGAUCAACCUGCUGUUUGCUGCUUACACUGGAGACGUCUCCGCUCUGAGGAGGUUUGCUUUAUCCUCGAUGGACAUGGAGCAGAGGGAUUAUGACUCCAGGACGGCUCUGCACGUCGCAGCAGCUGAAGGACACACUGAGGUGGUUCGUUUUCUGCUGGAGGCCUGUAAAGUCAACCCGGUUCCCAAAGACAGGUGGGGCAACACGCCCAUGGACGAGGCCGUCCACUUCGGCCACCACGAUGUGGUGACCAUCCUCCGUGACUACCACAACAAGUACAGCCCCCAGGACAGCACCGCCGACAAGCAGAACGCAGAGAAGAACCUGGACGGGAUGCUCUGAUGGAAGAGAAGCAGGAAGGGCAUGAACUCUGAAAGAAAACCUCCAGGUAGUCAGUUUGAUCCGAGGGGAAAACAUUUAAGUCCUGAGAAACAACCACAGUAGAAAAUAUAAAAACAACCCAGAUAAUUAAGUGUACAGGUCAAACCUAGAAGACGGCGGUCGCUGCGUAAACGCUCCUUAUCAUGUCGUUGGUAGAUGUCGUUUUGUAUUAUAUUCAUGUAUGUAACACAAGCGGGAAAUAUUUUUCUGGCCGUUUCUCCUUCUGUAUUUCGUUGUCAGCUUUGUAGGGAAAAAAUAAAGCCACUCGUUGAAUGCUGGGUAAAUUUGGACUCAGGUGUCACAGACGGUGUCGUGCCCUGGUCACUUCGUCAUCACGGCGUGGUGGAAUGUAUCCUCCCCCUCCAAAACACUUCAGCGUGUUUGUAAUGUGUGCGUGGUUUUUAUUUAUCUAUUUAAGAUAAACUGUACAUUCAUGUAGUGUGUGUAUAUUUCCUGAGAUGAGAAGUUGGUGUAAAUACGUACGUGAAUAGCUGUAGUUGUGUCUCACUGACUCAUUCAGCUGUGAGCACGAGGUGUGUGACGUAGUUUUCACUAAAACUGUAAAACGUGAAUCUUUCUCUUGUUUGAAUGUUGAACUAAAUGUUCCGCCGUUAAAGGCGAAUAUGAUUCGACAUAUCCACGACGAUGCUGACGGCGCUGCAUUCCCGUAAAGUUCCACCGACUUCACGAGAAGCUCGGUUGUAGAUUUGUAGAAGGUUCAAAUAUAAUUGUCACACCUGAAGCGAGUUCAGUUCUUAGGAGCCUCGUAGGAAUCGAACCCACGACCUCAGGACUUUCCUCAGGACCUCAGGAAAACAUUCAGUCUGGACCGACUGUUCCACACACGCCCGUCAGCGUGCGAGUCGUAUUCCGCAGGUCGCACAGGGAACAGAAGGGUUAUGGUUUGAUUUUGUGCUUGUAAAAUAUUUAAAGAGUUUGAUGUCACCCCACAAGAAAAAACUAUUAAAGGAAGAUUAUCUCCAGUA